UAACUGAUCCCAACGAACAACAAGAAUAUUAUAACCCAUUGAUUGUUAUUAUUAUUAUUAUUUUAAAUUCAGUACUGAAUGUGUGAUUCAGGCGUGUCUUUCACUUCUUCAUCGGUUUUUUGUUUGAUACGAAAGAAGAAAAAUGAAACGAAAGACCGUUUCCGAUAAGUCUUCGGCGGCGACGACGAUGACGACGACGACGACGAAGACAAUGACCGCCACCAACACCAACAACAACAACCAGAAGAAGACACCGACAAAAAGUGUUGCCAACAGCGGCAGCGGCGGCGAUAUAGACCGCAAUACCACCGAUACAACCGCCGAUGAUGACGACGACACAGCCAUUGUCUACAAGAAUGGAAAUCUGGUCCGACUUUUACUUAAAGACUUUAUGACAUACAAACGGGUAGAGAUUACGGCCGGACCGCAUCUGAAUCUGGUAUUGGGUCCGAACGGUACCGGCAAGUCGGCACUGGUCUGUUCGAUAAUUAUCGGUUUAGGCGGCGAACCGUCCACUACUGGCCGAUCGGGUCAUUUAGGCGAAUACAUCCGAUUCGGGUGCGAUCUGGCACUGGUCGAGAUCGAGCUGUACAACGACACACCCAAUGCCAAGAACUAUCUGAUCCAACGGGUCAUACAGAAAAAAACGACAUCAACUUCAGGGAAAACUGAAUUCACGUCAUCGUUCAAACUGAACGGCCGUGAGGCCACCCGUACGGCUGUCCGCGAGUUUACCCACCAACUGAACAUCAAUGUCGACAAUUUGUGUCAAUUCCUACCCCAGGAACGUGUCCUACAGUUUGUCGCUAUGGACAAGAAAACACUGUUGGAAUGUACGGAAAAAGCGGCCGGCGAUCAGCAAAUGUUUGACAAUCAUCAGCAACUGGUCGCGUUGGCCAAAGAUAUUAAAAAAUUGAAUGCAAUCAACAGUAACCUAACGGAUCAGAUCAGUAGCGAACGUGAACAACAGGCUCGGGCUGAGGAGGAAUUGCGUCGGAUUGAAGAACGAGAUAAAUAUAAGACGGAUAUCCAGUGGUUGGUAAAGAAGAGGCCGUGGAUUGAGUACGAAGACAAACGAGUCGAGUAUCAGACGGCUAAGGAUGAACUGUUGGAGAAGAAACAAAAUCGUCAGACAUUGCAACGGGUAUUGGAUCCGUUAAAAUCGGAGACCAACAAUGCCCGCAAAGCGGCGGCCGUGAGUCAUCAGAAAAAGACCGAUUCGGGCCAACAGUUGGCAUCAGUGGCCAAAUCUAUUGAACCAUUAAAAGUGAAAAUCGAACAAUUGUUUGAUAAGAUACGCGAAGAAAAGUCCCGAUAUUUUGAACAACAAAAUAACGAUCGAAAACGAUUGGCAACAUUGAAGAAACUGGAAUCAGAUUUAACGGAUUUGCGGACACAAUACGAAAAUAUCAACGAAGAUGACGGCGACGGCUUGGAUACGGAAGCCAUUGACAGACAAAUCCAGGAUAUUGUCAAACGUUUACAUUCGCUGAACAAAGAUAUUGAAAAAUCCAAUCAAUCGCGUGUUCGCUUGAAAGAAGAAAGAGAUCAGUUGGCUAUCCAGAAGAAUGGUCUGGAAGUGGAAAAACGUAAUAUCGAAGACAUAUUUCGCAAACGAUUGGCUAAACUUCGGGAAUUGGAUCCGUCGGCUUAUAAAGCGUACGAAUGGCUACAACAACAAGACGACCAACGUUUCCGACGGCGUAUAUAUCCGCCGAUUAUGACCCAAUUGGACAUCGAACGGCCAGAUUGGGCCAAAUAUGUCGAGUCGGCCAUCAAUAACCGCGAUCUGAGUGCAUUCAUAUGCGAAGAUGCCGACGACCUGCGGGAGUUUACCCAAUCGUUACAACAGGAACUCAACUUACGGGUCAACGUAGUGAUGGCACCGCGCGAAUCGCUGGAUCAGUUCGACUCGUGCGAUAUCAGUCGACUAAAACGUUACGGUGUCUACUCGACUGUACGCGAUAUGUUUAGCGCACCCGAUACCGUAGUGGCCUAUCUGUGCAAAACCGGUUACUUGCAUCAGAUACCAGUCGGCAAUUCGGAUACCGAUAAACAUUUCCAGAACGACCUGUUCGGCCGUUUCAAACGUAUCUAUACGGGAAACUCGUUGCACGUGAUUACUACCUCACGAUACGAUCAGCAUCGGGUAACGACCAGUUCGGCCGUACGUGAGGCCCGCUAUUUGAAUUUGACUGUCGAUAGGGAACAGUUGACACAGAUUAACCGUAAACUGGAAAUAUUGACCGAGAAAUUGACCGGAGUUUACGAUGAAAUCAAACUGAUUGAACAACAAUUAGCCGAUUUAGCGGCUGAAUCAAAGUCAUCGAAAGAUAAAAAGAUAUUUUUGGAACAAAAAAAGAACGAAAAACUAGUAUUGGAAACAAAGAUUAACGAAAAACUGUCGGCAAUUGACCGAUAUAGGCGUCAAUCGAUCGAUUUGCCGGCAAUUAAACGCAAAACUGAGGACAGUAUCGGUAAACUAGAAGAAAAACUAAUCGAUUUAUCCACGGAUCUGAACAAAUGUGUCCGAAAAUGUGUCCAAUCGAAUACGGAAAAUUUAUUGGCCAAACUGGUCGAUCGUUUUGCUCGGCAACGGCAGCAACUGGCCGAACGAAAACUGGCCAAAGCUACCAAUCAGUUCGAAGGUAUUAAUCAAGAAAUUCGGCGACUAGAAGAAGUGGUACACGAUAUCAAACGCGAAGCCAAACGUUUGAGGGAUGCGGCCAAAGAUCAAUCGGGUUUCGAUGUUAACGAUUGCGAUGACCAGACACGUGAAAAGUUUGAUUCGCUGCCGAAUACGGUCGACGAAAUCGACACACAUAUCGGUACACUACGGCUACGUAUGAAUAGUAUACUCGAUGCCGACGAUACUGUUCGCGACCAGUAUAACGAACGACAGCGUACUAUUGAACGACGCGGACGUGACCUACAGGCCCGGCAAUCGGAACUGAGCGAUAAACAGAAACGUCUGGAUCAGCUGAAAAACCAAUGGCUGCCAGCAUUGGAACACCUAAUAGAUAGGAUUAACCAGAAUUUCGGUAAUUUUAUGGACCGAUUGAACUAUGCCGGCGAAGUUGGUCUCUAUAAGCCGCCAAACGAUUUGGAAUCGUACGAUGAAUACGGUAUAUCAAUCAAAGUCAAGUUCCGUCACACCGAACAGCUCCGGGAGCUGACAUCGUUUCAGUCGGGCGGCGAACGUAGUGUAUCGACAAUGAUCUAUAUGAUCGCACUCCAGGAGCUAACGCACGUACCGUUUCGGUGCGUGGAUGAAAUCAAUCAGGGAAUGGACGAAAACAAUGAACGAUCAGUAUUUGGUCUGAUAUCGGAAACAUCUGUCCGAACUAAUAGUCAAUAUUUUCUAUUUUCGCCAAAAUUGUUGACCAACUUAUCGUAUACACGGGAAAUGUCUAUACAUAUUAUAUUCAAUGGUCCGCACAUGGAGUUUGAUUGGACACGACUGGAACUAAUGGAUGACGACGAAGACGAUGAGGAGGAAGAGUUGGAGGAGGAGGAAGAGGACAGUGAUAAUGAAGAGGAGGAAUGAUUUUGUUUCUAAUGGUGUAGUCGUCUAUACCUGUCUGUCCAUAAGCUACCGGUUCUCUCAUUCACUCACUCACUCACUCACUCAUCGGGACAUACAGUAUAUUAUAACUACUGUAUUAUUAUUAU